AAAGAGUCCUGACCAUUCCCUGCCCCCCAAAGUCUUCAGUGAUGGAACAGUUUUAAUAAAACUGAUCAACAUGUGUUUUUUCAUGUUAUAUGGUGUGUAAUAACCAUUCCACAUGUCAGCCUGGUGUGGCGUGCUCACUGAAUAUUUUACCCAAGAACCUGAAGAUAAUUGGUUCCAAAGUUCAAGGAUUUUCAAAGGGCACAUAUAUUUGGAGGGGUAAGCACGGCACAUGAAGUCCUUGUCUUCGUUGGACUGACUGAAGCCAUGCAAACAAAGUGCUGACGGGAGCUCCAUCGGAAUCCUUUGUACUGUCUGGCAUACAAAUCAGUUUUCUGAGAUUAAAACCAGGUGCUCCAGAGUUUGGAAAUCAUGGCUGAGAGAAAAAGCAGCACCAGUCCCAGCCUCCAUUCAAAGGGGGGUACUGGGGAGCUCGCUAAACAGGUCCAGAGGAAAUUCAGCCGUGCACAGGAGAAGGUUUUACAGAAGUUUGGUAAAUCUGAAGAGACAAGAGAUGCACAGUUUGAAAUAUGUGUGCAAAAUCUCCAAGAUCAGCAGAGUGAUGGACACAGAAUAUACAAGGAUCUUAAGGCAUACCUAAAUGCUGUCAGAGUGAUGCGAGAUGCAUCCAGUCGUCUUUUUCAGUCUCUGUUCGAUGUUUAUGAGCCUGACUGGGAAGGGGGAGAGGAUCUUGGGGCUGUUGUAGAGGGGGAAGACCUGCUAUGGAAUGAUUAUGAGGCAAAACUGCGAGACCAGGCAUUGCUCACAAUAGAAUCUUACAUGAGCCAGUUCCCAGAUAUAAGGGAAAGAGUUGCCAAACGAGGCCGAAAACUUGUGGACUACGAUUCUACUCGUCAUCACCUUGAGUCACUACAGAAUGCCAAAAAGAGAGAUGACAUCAAAAUAGAGAAGGCUGAGGAAGAGAUGAAAAUGACCAAAAUCAUCUUUGAGGACAUGAACAGGGAGCUGAAAGAGGAGCUGCCUAUUCUCUAUGAUAGUCGCAUUGGAUGCUAUGUAUCAGUCUUCCAAGCUAUCUCAAACUUGAGAGAUAUCUUCUAUAAGGAAAUGUCUCAGAAUAACAAGGAUUUACAGAAUAUCAUGGUGACUCUAAAAGCCCAGCAUCCUGACAAGAGCUUUGUGGUUAAGAACUUCUGUCGCGGAACAUUGAAGAGGAGGUCGCUAAAAGAUGCACUGUCUCCCAGAUCACUGAGACUCAGCUUCUCUGAGCGCUACAUGAGUUACAGUUCUCGAGGUACUCUGAGGAGAGAACAUAGUUCCAGUUUUAGGUCUGACAAGGGCCCAUAUGAGCCUUACAGCACAGAGGUCCUGGCUAGCCCCACUAGACCAAAGCCCCCGAAGAACACCAAUUGUGGGGUUAGGGACACAGACAAAAGUUCCACAAGUGAGGACAAUCAGGAACUAGAGAGUAUACCUUCCACUACACCUGCACCUGUAGUAGAUGUCACACAAGCUUCUGGAAGUGUUCACAGCACUACAAACAAAGAUGCAAAACAAGAGAAUGAAGGUACUGAAACAAAAGAAAGGGAAAUACUGCCAGCCUCAGAGCAUGAUCGAAAAAGGAUGGGUUUAGAUCUCAAAGGUGACUCAUCUCCAGAGACUGGUGAUGAGAACAAGCUGGAUUUGAAUAUAAAUCAUUCUGCAGGAGGUAAUACUAAGGUCUUAUCAAUCACUGAAGAUCCUGAAGAGCAGAGCACCCAUCCUGAGGAGAUAAAUGAACCUGGCUCUGGAAUGGAAAAUGGAAUAGCCACUAAUUGCAAAGCAAAUAUAGAGGGACCUGAAGUCUCUUGCAAGGAAAAUGCCAUAAAUGAUCAAAUACUAGAUGAAAUUAAGGAGAAAAUAUUCUGAAACAGAGGACUGUCUUCUAUGUAUAAAAAUGGGAUCAACUGAAUUUAAACCAAAUACACUUCACCUAUCUGGAUAUGAUUACACUAACUCCACACUUGUCAACCGAAUGAAACUACUACUACUACUAUUGUUGUUAUUAUUAUUAUUAUUAUUAUUAUUAUUAUUAUAAGCAAGGAAUUGUACAAAAUUGUACAAUCAACCUGUUGAUCAAGCUUAAACCUUUUAUCCAAUGUAAUUGCUCAUCAUGUAAUCUUAUCAACUUGAAACUGAUUAGAAUAUUAACAUAUAAAAAUUAUUUUCCACAUCUGUUUUAUUCUCUUGUGAUUUCAUUUAUAAAGUCAAUUUGAGUGUUUGAUUAAGGGCUUUGAGGUUCCUGUGCUAAAUGUACUUGAUUACAAAUGUAAUAUUUACUUGGUGUGAACGGAUAGAAGACUUAUUAUUCAUUAUUUAAUAAAUUUGAAUGUGUCCAUUGCAUGUAGCAUGAUUGUUUUUUUAAUAUAUUGAUUUAGCCUCUUUAUAAAUACAAUAUUUAAUUACUUAUUUAACAUAGUUACCCAUUGUUAAUAUGUAGUUAUUUUCUAAGGUCUCUAAGGUUUCUAAGUGUACUGUGUGUGAGAGCUGUGUGUGUGUGUGAGAGAGAGAGAGCGAGAGAGAACUGUGUGUGUGUGUGUGUGUGUGUGUGUGUGUGUGUGUGUGUGUGUGUGUGUGUGAGAGAACUGUGUGUGUGUGUGUGUGUGUGUGUGUGAGAGAGAGAAUGAAGUGUAUGUGUGUGUGUGUGUGUGUGUGUGAGAGAGAGAGAGAAUGAAGUGUAUGUGUGUGUGUGUGAGAGAGAGAGAAACUGUGUGUGUGUGUGUGUGAGAGAGAGAGAGAACUGUGUGUGUGUGUGUGAGAGAGAGAGAGAGAGAGAGAACUGUGUGUGUGUGUGUGUGUGUGUGAGAGAGAGAGAGAGCGAGAGAGAACUGUGUGUGUGUGUGUGUGUGUGUGAGAGAGAGAGAGAGAACUGUGUGUGUGUGUGUGUGAGAGAGAGAGAGAGAGAGAUAGAGAGAACUGUAGUGUGUGUGUGUGUGUGUGUGUGUGUGUGUGUGUGUGUGUGUGUGAGAGAGAGAGAGAGAGAGAGAGAGAACUGUGUGUGUGUGUGUGUGUGUGAGAGACUGAAGCUGGAGUCACGUUGUUCCGGAUACGGAGAGAAUGAGCACCUCUACUAGCAGGAGUAGCUCGCGCACUAGUCUGUUCUCACUGUAUCUUUAUUUACAUGGUGUUUAGUGAGAUGUUUGUUUGUAUUUUAAACGCCACUGAACUCUGAAAUAAAGUAAGUAACCGGUCAGUUUGAACAGAUUCCUCUCGACGACCGCGGACACUGUCAGGUUUAGAUGUUGACGCUUUUCAUCAUGGCCACCACGUCACCUUUUAACCUCACAGAAAUGGUACCAACAACUGUGGCCCCAUACCAUAGAGACUCUGUUGUCUUAGGAGUGGUGAUUCUGCUGGUCUUGUGUACACUGGCUGGCUUCGUGUGCCUGUUGUAUCGCUACCUGUGUCAUAACAAGGGCAUCUAUAGGACAACAGGAGAGGCUGCACCAGGUGUGAACCCAGACCGAAUCUACCAUGAUACAGUCACUGAAAACAAGGAGUACUUCAUUUAAAAUAAUGCAGACUGCCAUGGAUGAGUUGGCAGUGAAGGUCAUGUUGAAUAGGUAUUGAUGUUUAGGUUUUUUUGCUGAGAAGCUUGUCUGUGGGAGGACAGCCACUGAGCCACUGUGUGCUAAGGAGUUUACAGUGAGUUAAUGAUAAUGUUUGCUUUGGUGUUUUGGGGAUUUAUUAACAUGACACAUAUCGAUGUAUCAGAAGCAGAUGUUCAGACAGUGUAUCAAACCUUGUGCAACAGAUUUAUUUAUAUACCUGACACUUUAUGUUUGUGGUGACAUGCAGUCGACCUGCCACAUCUGUUAAAUACAUAAAUUAAUUGAGUGACCAAAGUCAUGUUUGACUUAUGAGUGCAUAAAAACCCCAUUCUCAGACGUUUCUGUCCACAAAGCAGAUGUUUGUUUACGAAUGCUGGCCUACAUAGUGCAGGUACAGAAUUUUUCCUAUACAGCUGACCCUACUUUCACAUCAGAAAAUUACUUGUGAAUUUUAGUUUUUCUCUUGUGGAAACUAACUGUAACAAAUUCGGCCUGAGGACUGGACUGAGGAAUCAAUCGUUUGGAUUUCUCACGUUACCGCACCAUACCUAAUUUACAUAGAAUUGAGAACAUUUCAGUUCAAAUUGUUACUUGUCCCUGUGGCUGAAAUCACAGCUCUGUGCUAUGCCUGUAUAUAGAAAAUUAAUGAGGGCCUGCUGCUUUAUCGCACAUUAGUAUGAAUGUAAGUCAUAUAUUGAAUUGAUGCUGCUUUCGGCAAACUUAACCUUUUCCUUAAAGAGGCUGCUAGGCCAGUAUAACAUCAGUGAGAGGAAGAGGGGUUUUAUUACUCUUUCUUCUCAUAGAUACAAAGAUUCACACAGUCGGGUCCAAGCGUCUGAGACCACUAGUGAAACCGCUUCUAUUUUGUAUUCUUUUAUAAUUUAAUACAAGAAAUGUUCAUUACAAGUUACUUUACUGACAACAAACUAAAUGAAAAGCAGAAUAUUUGAAAUAUUUACAUGAAUUUCAGAGUUACUUAUUAUUUGCUUUGUCCCCUUUUUGCUUUCACGACAGUGUGUACACAAGCUGGCAUGGACUCCACAAGUUUGUUCAAAACAUUAUGAUCCAUUUCAGAUCAUAUCCAUUGAAGUGUGAUCUGAACACAUCCUUCAGUAGAAGAGAGUAGGCAUGAGGAGAAUCUGACCUAUUGUACGAAACUGUUCACAUGGUCAGUAUCACAAAUUUGCUUAAAUUUAAAUAGUAAUCUAAAAUAGUGCAAACUCUUGAAUAUGAAAUAUUCAAGAGGUUGAACAUUUACUUUCUUUGUUUUAAAUAUUUAAAAAUUCUAAAACCUUCAGUUUUAUAUAAUCCCAGCUUUUCAGUGUGUCUCAGACUUUUGAACCCCACUGUAUAUAUACAGGUGCACCUCAAAAAAUUAGAAUAUCAUGGAAAAGUUAGUUUUUUUCCCUCUAUAAUAUAAUUCAAAAAGUGGAACUUUCAUGUAUUCUAGAUUCAUUAAAUGAAAUAUUUUGAGCCUUUUAUUAUUUUAAUUUUGAUGAUUACAGAUUACAACUCAUGGAAAUAAAAAAUCCAGUAUCUCAAAAUAUUCGAAUGAAGAAUUUAUAUUACAGAAAUGUCGAGCUGAGAAGACUCUAAUCAGAUAAUUAACUCAAAACACCUGCAAAGGUUUCCUGAUCCUUUAAUCUCUCAGUCUGAUUCAGUACACAACCACAAUCAUGGAGAAGAUGAAAGUAAAUUUUGCAUUUCAUUUGGAAAUUGUAAGGGUCCACUUACUGGUCCAACGACGGUAUCCAAUGACGUGGUAGAAGGAUUCCUGCGUGUUCCUGUCUUUUUGAAGCGAUGUGAAUACAUUUAGAUUAUUAAAUUUGUAAUUCCAUUUCUGUUUGACUCUCAGUUAAAUUAAAUCUGACUCCAAUUGUAAAAACCUCAAUGUUGUAUUUGUUUCCUAGUUAUUUGUAUUUUGUUACAUUUGAUUAAUUCUAGUUUAUUCUAUAGUUUAAGUUGCACUCGUUUAUCCGGGUUCCAUGUCGCUCAGAGUCUCGCACCGGUCGUGUACGCGGAUCUCGCCGUCACAAACUCACCAGUCCUGGUCAUUAGCCAGCGGUAAUUGAGUAAUACUAUUUAGAUGUCUGCCCCAUGCUUGGCCUUUUCUAAAAAGUACCUUGUUUAGUUCCCUUAGAUAGUAACACUUAAUUAUAGUAACGUUAUUUCUAGCCAGAGGUCAUGACCACUAAAUGUACAGAGAUAGAGCAAUAAUAUCAGAGUUACAAUUAGCUUUAUAUAAUCAUGCCAUAGUUUCCUAUUUACACUUAACUAGGAAAAUAUUACAAUAAUCAGAGUUUUAGACUUCACCCUAUUUAGACUUGGUCCAUCAACUUUGUUGUCCUAAACGGGAAUUCCAUAUCGAGCCUGUACACACGGAGUACACUUAACGCCAAGUCGUUAGCCUGGACUCUAAAAUCUCAGUUGGUUUUCCCCAAUGCUCCACCUAAACCUGGAUUUUAGCCCGUACUAACCUGCUCGUGGAUUUGCGCUAACAAGGACUUAACGUAAUCUACUAGAGACAAUCAUUUCAGAAGAAGUCAGAAUUUAACCAAGUCUAAUCAUUUAUUUAACCAUUUAUUAAUGAACACAUCCAAAUCCAAUAAUACUAUUAAUAAGAAGAAAAAAGAAUUACAUUCAGCAUUACAUUACAAUCUAAUUCAAAACAUAAUAAUACAACAUAAAGUCAAAACUUGUAUACCUGAUGAAGAGAAACUACACACAGUGAUGGUGUGGGAGAUCUGUCUACAGAUUCCCUGAAUCUUUGGCCAGCUCUCCCCUAAAUGCCCAGAUGCUCUGUGGUACACCAAAUGGUGGUGUUUGUGAUUAUAAUUUGAUGUCUGUGGAAGGAUGUCCCUUAUUUACAUACAGGAGGUAAGAGUGAGGGACCCUGGGAGGGUAUGCCUUUAACAACAUGUGAUAGUUUUAUUUGAACUUCUGUUGAGGGAAUGAGGUCAUAUUUUCCAGACGCACUGAGACCUUUUGUAUGAUAGCAAACAUGUAUAGUCAACAUCUUAUUCACACCAAAUCAUGUUCAUGCAUAUAGACCUUGGGUGUGUUUAAGGUGAUCUCGACACAGAGAGAGAGAAGGGUGUGAGGAGAGAGGAGGAAGGAAACAAUGCAGUGAGGAUCUCCUAGUCUCCACUCAGCAUGAUGUGCUGAUUCAGAUGGAGAUGCUAAUUCUGUGAGAGAGAGAUCGAGUGUUCGUUCUCGAAGUAGUCCUUUGUCCUCACAGAGCAGCUCUCUCUAGGUUCAGACAUCUUGGUACCAGCCUUACAAGAUUAAGGUCCCAGAGUCUGGAGGAAGAAUGGAGAGGAACAGAAUCCAAGUUCCAAUCCAAGUCCAGUGUGAAGUUUCCACAGUCAGUGAUGAUUUGGGUUGCCAUGUCAUCUGCUGUUGUUUUGGUCCACUGUGUUUUCUCAAGUCGAGAGUCGAUGCAGCGUCUACCAGGAGAUUUUAGAUCAUGCUUCCAUCUGCUGACGAGAUUUAUGGAGAUGCUGAUUUCCUUUUCCAGCAGGACUCUGCACCUGCCCACAGUGCCAAAACUAUUAGUAACUGGUUUCUGACCAUGGUAUUACUGUGCUUUAUUGGCCAGCCAACUCGCCUCCAUGCCACGCACCAUGCAGUAAUUCAUGCAAAAGGAGCCCUUACCAAGUACUGAGUGCAUAAAUUAACAUACAUUUCAGAAGGUCGAUAUUUCUCUAUUAUAAUUUCGUUAUUCUAAUAUUUUGAGAUACUGGAUUUAUAUUUCCAUGAGCUGUAAGCUGUAAUCAUCCAGAUUAAAACAAAAAAAAGGCUUGAAACAUUUCACUUUAUGUAAUGAAUCUAUAAUAUAUGAAAGUUCCACUUUUUGAAUAAAAUUACGGAGAAAAACUCACUUUUCCAUGAUAUUAAAUUUUUUUUAGAUGCACCUGUAUAAAAUACAUAGAUGACAGUCCCCUUUGGACUGAAGUAUUGGAAUAGCAAGGCCAGUUCUUUUGUUUUUGCUGUACAGUGAAGACAUUUGGGUUUGAGAUCAAAAGAUGAAUAUGAGACAAUAGAUUAGAAUUUCAGUUUUCAUUUCCUGAUAUUUACAUCUAAAUGUGUUAAGCAACUUGGAACAUAGCACCUUUAGUGUUGGACCGCCCAAUUUUUGGUGAGCAAAGGUAUUGAAACAGACAUUCUUAAAGUAAAUGACACUUAAUAUUUCAUUGCAUAUCCCUUGCUUGCAAUAUCUGCAUCAAGUUGGCAACACACUGACAUCACCACACUGUUGUAUUCUUCUUUUGUAAUGCUUUUCCAGGCUUGUAUUUUUUAUUUUUUUUCUUUUGUUUUUUGUUUUUUUUUGUUUGUUUUUGGUUUGUGGGGUUUCUCCCUUCAGUCUCCUCAUGAAAUGCACACUCAGUUGGGUUAAGGUCUGGUGAUCGACUUGGCCAGUCUAAAACCUUCCACUUCCUCAACCCAACCCCCCAUGAAUUCAUUUGUUGUGCUGGCAGUGUGUUUUAGGUCAUUGUCUUGUUGCAUGAUGAAGUUUCUCCCAAUAAGACUGGAUUCAUUUCACUGUAAAUGGACAGUGUUUCUGUAGACUUCUUAAUUCAUACCAACACGAGUUACAUCAUCAAUAAAGACUAGUGUGCCUGUUACAGAAAUAGCCAUGCAAGCCCAAGCCAUGACACUACCUCCACUGUGCUUGAACGAUGAACUUGUUUGUUUUGGAUCAUGAGCAGAUCUUUCUUUCACCACACUUUGGCUCAUCUCUGAAUUUUAAGGAAGCAAAAUGACCACAUGUCUUAGAAAUAAAAAAAACAUGUUGAAUUGUA